UGACGAAGAAGAAGAGGAAGAAAGAGGACCCCUUGGGGCUAAUGGCCAUACUCCGUCGGACGAAGAAGAAGAAGAAGGACCAUGCUUGCGCGGGCCUCUCUGCAUGCUUGGAUCACGAUCAUUCUUUUGGCACAAUCAUUUGGACAGGAAAGGAGGAUACCAGAUACUGACAUAGGAACGGACUAUGGACUCGGGAAGCGAACCAGCAGGGACAGAUUGGUGUACUUGGAUGAAGUAUGUUCUGCCAUCGGCCCCAGCACUCGCCGCUCUCAUUACCUUGGCUUAUCAGACGAGAAAGCCAGCAUGACUGUGUACUCUCAUCGCAACAACACCAUUCCGCGCACCAUGCGCAAGUGCAAGCUGCAGGUGCAAACUGAAUCACACGCCCGCCUCACAAUAACUUUAGAGAGGCUAGACACAUUGGAAUCCCCAUUUGUAUGCUACAUGUACAUCAAGCUGCACACUACACUGGAAAUGCCUGACGUGCUUUGUGGAAGGGAUGUAUACGGGCGAAGCAUUGCUACGUCCUUCAGCCACUUGGCUAUCGAAUGGGUCAUAAACAACGGCGGUGAAAAGCCAGGGAUGAUCCAUAUGGUUAUCACCAGCUUUAAAGACAUUGACCUGUCUGGAAAGUGCGAGGCGAAGAUGUACCACUGUCACAAUGCCAGAUGCAUUUGGGAGGGUUUCGUGUGCGACGGAACUAACAACUGUGGCGACGGCAGUGACGAAAGGCUUUGCAUCGGAGGACGACAAGAUCACACGCUGCUCAUGUCCAUCAUUGUGCUGGCGUUGCUGCUGGCUCUUGGCGUCGGCAUCGCUAUUCAAAUGUAUAUUUCCAGUCGUAUGACUCAGACACAGUUCAUUGUCGGUCCAGACGCCCAGCCUCGGGCAGGCGUCCACGAAGCUCCGAAAGACUGAUUUCAUAUUUACCAAAACUUUCCACCACUGGUGACAUGUAUCUCAAACGGAACGACUUUACUAUGGAAUUGCAAAUUACAAUGACGUGAUGUUGCAGAUUCCUCUUCUUAAUAUGAAUAAGAACGUACUAAUCUGUAUAAAAUGUGUUCGAUAUUCUGUUUUCCUGAUGGUGCGUAUACCAAACAAUAAAACGUGCAUUAGAAGCCCCU